AUGUCGAGCGUCACUGCAAAUUCUUUCGGUCCCGGUGCUUUCGACUUUCGGGAUCUGAGCAUGAAGCAUUCUAAAUCAGACUACUUCAUGGUAAAACCCGUUCGUGGUUCUUCACCUACAGCAAGUUUGGCGGCAGAUCUAUCACAGAAUUUUCACAUUGAUAUGAGCCCUCAAUUACCCACUCCUCGUCGAUCUCUAUUCACGUCGAAUCUUUUUGGAACAUUGGAUGGCAGGGAUUGUGUUACUACUCCUCCAUUACCUUCCUCUUCACCAGGCCCAUUGAAUGAAAGAAUGGAUAUUUCCCCUCUUCCCCAUAAGCAACCAUAUUUCUCUGCGCAAAUUGAGAUACCAUCACCUACACCAGCAGGUACAACUACGGAAGAUACAACUAUGGGGUCAUCUCCAAUUCGUCCUAGUUUAUUGGACGCCUCGAAACCUUUUGGUGCCGAAAGACGGAAAAAUUUAUUAUUACGACCAACCUUUUCACGCACCAAAGGUCAUUCAUCCAGCUCUCUGCCUCGACAAAACUCUGAUAGUCAAUCGCCUGCCUUCCGCUUCGGUGCCGGAAGCAGCAAAUUGUCUACCUCCACAUCAAUGUCUUUGGGCGAAUGUUUUAUGGAAUCACCACCACGAGAACGUCGUUCACAAUCUGCGAAUAGUCCUACCAUGGCACCACCACCUCGACUAAGCAAACCGUUCUCAAGUGUGUCAAGCAGAGUCGUGAAUGGAUCACCGAUUGGUAGUCACUCACGCAGAACUUCUAAUCCGUUAGUUCGGCCUAGGAAACAAUUUCGACGAUCACUUAGCAUGUUUGAAAGCCCACAAGAUAUCGUCAAGGAGAAGGAAAGUAUGUCAAGCAACUUGCAUACCGUUAUGGAUAUUGAUGAGAUACACCAACCAAUUUUACCACAUUUCUUCCAGGAAGGUCAACCUGACAGCAUUCCCAGGAUUGCCAAGGAGACCUUAUUGGAAAUUCUUGAUGGGAAAUACGAUGAUGAAUAUGAUCAACGAAUGAUUGUUGAUUGCAGAUUCGAGUAUGAGUUUGAGGGUGGACAUAUUGAUGGUGCUGUCAACUAUAAUGACAAAGAAUUAUUGACCAGUCAAUUGUUUGAAACAAAUAUCCCUGGCAAAACCCUUCUAAUCUUUCAUUGCGAAUAUUCCGCACAUCGAGCACCCAUUAUGGCUCGUCACGUACGACAACAGGAUCGUACAACUAACGUCGAACAAUACCCUAAGCUUUCCUACCCUGAAGUGUAUAUCCUCGAUGGUGGUUAUAGUGCUUUCUUCACAGAACAUCAAGGCCGUUGCUUUCCUCAGAAUUACGUUGAGAUGGAUGCUAAGGAACAUGCUUACACCUGUGAGAGGGAAAUGGGAAGACUUCGACAAAACAGAACUAAGCUCAGCAGAGCACACACUUAUGCUAUUGGCCAACACGGACAAAUUGAUGACAGCCCCACUGCCCCUAGUCGAUCAAAAUCAAGCGGCAUCCGUCUUCAUCUGCGAAAGGUUUAA